UUAUUUUUAAUUAUUUUUACGGAUCCGGAUCCGGAUAUCCGCGGGUAAUAGAAUAUCGGGACGGAUAUCCGAAAUUCGGAUAUCCGGAAACCACGAAUCCGGAUCCGGAUAUUAAAUUCACGGAUCCGAUGGAUCCGGAUUCGGAUCCGGAUACCCUGAAUUUUCCAGAUAUCCGGAUCCGUCUCAGGCCUAGAUUUAUCGAUCUAGGCCAGAGAGAUCAAUUAUUGGGAGAUUCUAUAUGGAUUUGAUUUCACGUGUUGCAUGAACGAAACCUUUCUCCAACACUACGAUAAAUUACAUAGUGAGAAUUUAAUAAAUGUAAGAAAAGAAAGUUGGUUAGAUAACUUUAUGGAAAACGCGUUGGAGUCAAAGUUAUUGAACUGAGAUGCGUUUGGGAGUCAGAAUUAGAAGAGAAGAAAGCAUAGUUUUAACUUGUAGUAUUGAAUGUUAAGAGAAUGAAAAAACGUGGAGAAUAAAAAAAUAAAGUUGACUUUUACAAUAUAAUCACAAAAAAGAACGUUUGACCCAUAAUUAAAGCCAGGCCAUCAAAAAGGUAAAUAAUCUCUCUUUUAAUCAAGUUUCGAAAUAUGGGCGCCGAACCUUUACAUUCCUUGGAUGCAUAACUCACAUUUUGUUUUCACCAAACAUAUCUCAUAUAUUACCACCACAUAACCAUUGUUACCUAAUUACAAUUAUUUGAAACAAAUAUUUCAUGGAUGCAGUGUGGUCUUAUAAUUUCUAUGGAUGUCAUUAUAAUUUAUAGGGUUGAAACUUGAAAGGUGACGAGGAAAUAAAUUUACUGAAAACAAUAUAAAUUCGAAAGAGAUUAAUAAGUUGACAUUAUUAAUUCAGAUACUCACAUAUGUCCCUCGACCUCGAGGACUCUAUAAUAAAAUAUUAUUCCGUCAUUUCUGUUUUGACAGAAUUUAAUAGAACGUGACAAUCUUGUGUCCUGGGAUCCUCCCAUAGAAAAACAAAUACAUCCCAUCUUCCCAUUUUUUCUGGAUUCAUUUCGAUCCCGAGGUGGGUUUUGAUUUGAAAAAAAAUGGCGGAAGAGUAUACAGAAUGUUUGCUGGAGAAUAAUAAGUACCAUGAGCAUUGCCCUGGCUGCAAGGUUGAUCAGAUGAAGAAGUCUCGCAGAGGAUUCCCUUUCUCCGAGCUUUUGUCCGUUUGGAUCAUCGUCCUCUGCACCGCUCUGCCCAUCUCCUCUCUUUUCCCAUUCCUUUACUUUAUGAUUAGUGAUUUUGACAUAGCAAAGAAGGAAGAGGACAUUGGGUUUUAUGCUGGAUUUGUUGGUUGCUCUUUCAUGCUCGGACGAACGUUAACAUCUGUCAUCUGGGGAAUCAUGGCUGAUCGUUAUGGUAGAAAACCAGUAAUCCUCAUAGGAACUGCGUCAGUGGUCAUUUUCAAUACUCUCUUUGGUCUAAGUGUAAAUUUCUGGAUGGCCAUCAUCACCAGGUUCUGCCUCGGUAGUUUCAACGGCUUACUUGGUCCUAUAAAGGCAUACGCAAUAGAAAUAUUCCGUGAUGAAUAUCAAGGUUUAGCACUCUCAGCUGUAAGCACAGCAUGGGGCAUUGGACUCAUCAUUGGCCCUGCUAUGGGAGGUUUUCUUGCUCAGCCUGCCAAGCAAUAUCCAAGUUUAUUCUCAGAGGAAUCAGUUUUUGGGAAGUUUCCCUACUUCUUGCCCUGCUUAGUAAUAUCUUGUUUUGCACUUUUGGUGACCAUUGCCUCACUGAGGAUUCCGGAAACAUUGCACAAUCACAAGAUUGGUGAUGAUGCAUCAUCACAUGAUGAGUCUAUCAAAUUUUUGUCCCAUGACCCUGAGUCUCAUAAAGUGACAGAGAGAAAUGAAAAAAACUCUCUCCUGAAGAACUGGCCAUUGAUUUCAUCUAUUAUUGUAUACUGCAUCUUGUCACUUCAUGAUAUGGCUUACACAGAGGUCUUUUCAUUGUGGGCAAACAGCCCCAGGAAAUAUGGAGGCUUGGGAUACACCUCUGCAGAUGUUGGUUCCGUUCUUGCAUUUUCUGGGUUUGGUCUCCUUGUCUUUCAGCUUUCACUCUACUCUUAUGCGGAGAGGCUUUUAGGACCAAUCGUUGUUACUCGUAUAUCUGGGAGUCUGGGUUUAGUUCUCUUAUCAAGUUACCCUCUAAUAGCAAAGUUAUCUGGUUUAGUCCUUACCCUGACGCUAAACUGUGCAUCCGUAGCAAAGAAUGUUUUAAGCGUUUCUGCUAUAACUGGCUUAUUCAUACUUCAAAACAAUGCCGUAGGACAAGACCAAAGAGGAGCAGCCAAUGGGCUUGCCAUGACAGGGAUGUCUCUUUUUAAAGCAAUAGGUCCAGCCGCAGCAGGAAUCAUAUAUUCUUGGAGUGAGAAACAUCAGGAUGCUGCUUUUCUUCCUGGCACACAAAUGGUAUUCUUUAUUCUGAAUACGGUCUUGGCACUGGGAGUUGUAUUAACGUUCAAACCAUUUCUAGCUGAAACAAAGCAGUAGAUUUCGAUGAAAUUUUGAUGGUAUUCAAAUUAUACGUCCGAUUUUUAUUUUUAUUUUAGAUCGUAUUAUAGCCUGAUGUCAAGUUAGAUCAGAGCCUUGUUCAAACAAUAUCACAAGAGACAACUUGUUAGAAUGUUUUACCAUAUUAUUAUUCAACUUAUAGAGUAAAAACAUUAACACU